GGAAAAUAAAUGCAUAAUAACAACUCCCUCUGCUCAAGGCUUUCCCAUCACCUCUAUCUCUCGUUCUCUUUCUCUUUCUCUUUUCUCUUUCUCUCUCACGCACGUCAAUGGAGGAACGCGAAACCCCUGCUGCUAACAAUGCAGCUGAUCUCAUCACAUUCACCGACGACUUCGACAGCGCUUGCUCCACUCCUUUUGUUAGUGCCCCGUCCAGUCCUGGCCGUGGAGCUCCCUCUUCUUACGGUGGUGGAUUUUUCUACAGCGCUCCCGCAAGUCCUAUACACUUUAUGCUGUCUUCUUCUUCGAAUAUGGGUUCGUCAAACUCGGGUUCUUCUACUCCUAUUGAAGGAGCUGGAGGAUCUUUUGAGUUUGAGUCUCAUGUUGUAGCUCCAACCGGAUCCAUGAGCUCCGCCGAUGAGCUUUUCUUAAACGGCCAGAUCCGUCCGAUGAAGCUGUCGUCUCACCUUCAACGUCCUCAGGUACUAGCUCCAUUGCUUGAUGUUGACGAGAACGAGAUCGGAGAUGGAGAUGGAAGUGACAGCGAGGAUAAGCUUGGGAGAGGUAGAGAUUUGAAGUUUCGAGACAGAUCUAAGUCGUUAAGGAGAAGAGCUAGAUCUAUGUCGCCGUUGAGGACUAACAAUGCAUUUCAAUGGCUGGAGGAAUUUGAAGACGGAAGAGAAUCAACGGAAAUCAAUGAAAUCAAACAGAAAUUAGAAGCAGAAGAUAAAGCAAAAGCCGACGAAGAGGUUCUCGAUAGCGAAACUCCGCCGUCCGGUGCUUCCUCAAGGUCGUCGUCCGUCGGCCGGAGCUCAAAACGGUGGGUGUUUUUGAAGGAAUUUCUGUAUAGAAGCAAGAGUGAAGGACGAAAUAGUACUAGCAGCAACGGGAAUCAUAAGUUCUGGAGAACCUCAUUGUCCUUUUCCCCUUCUUCUAACAAGGACAAGAAAUCAGCCGACACAUCGGCUAUGAAGAAUAAAGCGACAACUCCAACCACCACCACUGCCGGUGACGGACCUCCCACGGCGGAGGCGGCAAAACCCACCGUCAGAAAGGCCGUGAAUGGGGUGGGGAUAAACAGUAAACGGAGGAUUGCUCGUUCGGCACACGAACUGCAUUACACAACGAAUCGAGCACAAGCAGAGGAGCUGAGGAAGAAAACCUAUUUACCCUACAAGCAAGGCCUAUUGGGAUGUUUAGGGUUUAGCUCUAAAAGUUACGGAGCGAUGAAUGGAUUUGCAAGAGCUUUGAACCCAGUUUCAUCCAGGUAAUUUAAUCGAAAACGGAAAGGGUUUUCAAGUUGGUGAUUGUAUAAAUUGUUUAGCUAAAACAUCUGUUUGAUUUCGAAUUUUUCCAUGGUAAGCAAUGAAUCUAUAUAUUUGAAUGCUUA